GAUGGCGGAGAACCGGGUCUUGUGCACGGACCCGGAGGAAGGCCGCAAGAUGGAGGAGCUCAAGAAGAAGCGUGAGGAGCUAGCGUCGCGAAAAGCCACGCUGCUGGCGAACGUCACCAAGCAGAUGAAGGCCAUUAUGGCCAAGCUGAACAACCCCAACAACUCAGAGGCCACCCGGGAGACGCUGCGCUCCCUGCUGCUGGGCCUCAAGGAAAAGCUGGACUCGCUGGCGGGCCCGAAGCCCGACAGGACUCAGCAGCCGGCCAUCCCAAGGAGCCAUCGCCUGGAUCUCAGGAGCCGGGUGCUGAAGUUCCAGCUCAGCGAGGCCACCCCACUGGAGGUGCUGCGGGAGGAGCUACGAAAGCUGGGCGCCGACGAGGUGGUGGAUCUUCGGCUGGAGCCGGGGGAGGAGGGCGACACCGCGGUGGUGGAGUGCCACCUGCCUCGCGUUUUUGGUUCGCUUCGGGGAAUGCCGAAGCGUGGAGCGGAGAGGUUUUCCGGCGGCUGA